AUGUCUGAUACGCAAGACUAUAUCUCUUCAGAAUUAAAAAGACUUGAUCUCUGUACCACCAUUAAAAGCAUCAAGACAUUAAGUGGGGGCUGUAUCAGUCAAGCAUCGUGUUAUUCUACAGACAAAGGUGAUUAUUUCAUCAAGACAAAUGCAAAUAAAAAAGCAUCCCAAUGGUUCCGCGCAGAGUCAUUAGCACUUGAACGUAUGAAUGAAACUGUACCUGAUCUAGUUCCUAAGCCCAUUUAUCAUGCUACUGAAAACAAAGCAUUUAUCGUGACAGAAUAUAUUCCAAUGACCAAUAACCGAUCUUCUGAAGCACAAAAAAACUUAGGACACGCUCUAGCUACUCUACACGCUUCUUCUUCAUCUCAAAAGGAGGGAAAAUUUGGUUUUGAUGUCGUAUCUUGGUGCGGUACAACUGAACUUGACAAUGCAUGGUGCUCAAAUUGGUGUGAAUUCUAUAGAUCACAGCGUUUAUUGCCUCUAUUAGAGCAGGUUCGUGGCGAUCAUGCAGAUGUAGAUCGAUUGGGUAACUCCCUUUGUUCUCGCCUUGAUCAUUGGCUAGGACAAGACGCUCUAGGUCAAGUGCAGCCUUCUUUAUUGCAUGGUGAUUUAUGGAGUGGUAAUUGGGCUGUUUAUGCAUCUGAAAAGUCCAAGCCAAUUAUAUUUGAUCCCGCCUCAUUCUAUGGCCAUUAUGAAGCUGAACAUGGGAUUAUGAAGAUGUUUGGCGGCUUUUCUCAAGAUUGCUUUGAUGCUUAUGAUGAUGCUUUAGCAGAACAAGACCAUAUUCCUGUAUCUCCAUCAGAAGGAAGACAAGACAGACUUAUGAUUUACGAGGCUUAUCAUCAUUUAAAUCAUUUUGCUAUGUUUGGAGGCAGUUAUGCUUCAGGAUUUAUAAAUUUAAUGGAACAGUUGCUCUAA